AUGUCUACUAGUGCUAAGAAAAAUGUUGUCAAGCUCUUUGACAGGCCAAAAGAGUUGGUUAUUAUGCCAAAAGGAGAUGACAAAACUGUAUUCGACGUUCCUAGAGACUAUAUCCCAGAUCAAUAUAAAAAUGUUGGAAAUCAAAUUGUAUCUCGAUUUGGCGAAGAAGCUGAGGGGGGUAAAAUUCCUGUCAAUACUAUUUCUAUACCCCCCUUAGGUGAGAUUUUGGAAUUAAGAAGAGACGAGAAUUUCUCGCUUUUUUUGCCAAAACACAGAAAAAUUGCUGGACAACUUAUUAACAUUUAUAUAGGAAUGCGCAACGUUGAUGAUCUUCUCUCAGUAGCUGUAUAUACCAGGGAUCGUGUUAAUCCAUACCUAUUUAACUAUGCUCUUUCGGUUGCAUUGUUGCAUAGAUCUGACACACAUGACGUAGAUUUGCCGUCCUUUAUUAGAUCGUUUCCCGACAAAUACGUAGAUAGUAAAGUAUUCGCCAAGGCUAGGGAAGAAGCUAACAUUGUGCCUACAAAUUCAAGGACACCAAUUGAAAUACCUAGAGAUUUUACUGCUUCUAACCUGGAACCAGAACACCGUUUAGCUUACUUCAGAGAAGAUUUGGGAAUUAACCUUCACCAUUGGCAUUGGCAUUUGGUUUAUCCAUUCGAAGCUGCUUUCGAUGUUGUCAAUAAGAAUCGCCGUGGAGAACUUUUCUAUUACAUGCAUCAACAAAUUGUUGCUAGAUAUAACUAUGAACGUCUCUGCCAUGGGUUAAAACGUGUGGAAAGAUUUAUUGACUGGAGAAAUGCAAUCCCUGAAGCCUAUUUCCCAAAACUAGACAGUUUAGUGUCAAGCAGAUCUUGGCCCUCUCGUGUAGCUAACCAGAAACUCUCCAACCUUAGAAGAGAAAAUGAUCAGAUAACUCAAGAUAUUGAUGAUCUUGAAAGGUGGAGGGACAGAAUCUUUGAUGCUAUACACUCAGGAAAUGCUAGGAGACCUGACGGAACUACUGUUGAGCUUACUGAAAACGAAGGUAUUGAUAUUUUGGGAAAUAUGAUUGAAUCCAGUAUUCUUUCUCCCAACAGAGAAUUCUACGGUGACAUGCACAAUAUGGGACACGUUUUUAUUUCUUAUAUUCAUGAUCCAGAUCACAGACAUCUUGAAUCAUUUGGUGUCAUGGGUGACUCAGCUACGGCUAUGCGUGAUCCUGUAUUCUAUAGAUGGCAUGCUUACGUCGAUGAUAUCUUCCAGCAAUUUAAGUCUACAUUACCAAGAUAUACUGAAAACCAGCUAAAUAAUCCUGGAGUCACUGUUGAAAGUAUUAGUAUAGAAUCAGGGGGUGCAACUAACGUCUUAAAUACAUUCUGGCAACAAUCUGAUGUAGAUCUCUCCCGAGGUAUGGAUUUCCAACCACGUGGUAGUGUCUUCAUCAGAUUUACUCACCUUAACCAUCAGGAAUAUAAUUACCGUAUUGUUGUAAAUAACUCCGGAGCUGCCAAGCAAGGAACUUGCAGAAUAUUUAUGGCUCCCAAAUUCGAUGAAAGGGGAAAUCCAUGGUUGUUUAGGGAUCAAAAGAAUAUGUUUAUUGAACUGGACAGAUUCAAAGUUAAUUUAAAGCAAGGUCAGAACACAAUUACUCGCUCUUCAACCCAAUCAUCUGUUACUAUUCCGUUUAACAGAACCUUUAGAGACUUGGAUACAAGCAGACCUGAUGGCGGCAACAACUUGGCUCAAUUCAACUUCUGCGGUUGCGGAUGGCCACAACACAUGUUAAUUCCAAUGGGUAAUACCGACAAUCCAGGAUUUAGAUCUGAGCUCUUUGUAAUGAUUUCAAAUAUCGAUGAUGACAGGAUUGACCAAGACACUACUGGAAUUUGCAACCAGGCCGACUCAUUCUGUGGUGUGAAGGAUCGUUUGUACCCCGACCGUCGUUCCAUGGGUUAUCCAUUUGACAGACAACCUAGACAAGGAAUUGACACUUUGCAGCAGUUCCUUACGCCGAAUAUGAGAGUUCAAGAUGUCGUCAUUAAAUUUUCAAACAGGACAUUCAGACCACGACAGAAUAAUUAA